AUGUACUCAUCUAGCCAGUCAAGCGGAAAUACUGGUUACCUCUCAUCUGCCAAUCCUAGUUCUGCCCUUCCGCCUCCGCCCGCAGCUUACUCCAACGUAAACCCGACUUCUUCCUCUUAUUUCACUUCGGCUUCUUCUUCGGGUAUUCCACCGCCACCCCCUACACAAACUCUACCCUCUUCAGCUCCUAACUCCUUGCGGCAUAGCCUCUUGCAUUCUAAUCAGCAAUCGACAUCGCUUUCGUCAUCGAGUGAACAAUAUCAUGCUUCACGUUCUGCUAGUGGGGCUUCAAGUCAGCGUCCACGUCGGACAAGUGAAGGGGUAGGCUUUCGAAGGAUUACACGAGGUGCGAGUGACCUUCGACCGGUCGUUAAUCAAGUACCACCGGAGCGAAGACUGGACCCGAUCAAUGGUGGUUCCAUCUCGCCACUCAAGGCACUUACCACUCAUCUAGCUUCGACUUAUCGACUCAUCAAUCCCAACUUCCGCUAUGAGCUAAGUCUCAACCCGCGAAGAGUACUAACCAAACCAUCGAGGCCAGCAGGCAACAACGGCAUGGAUAAUGAAGAUUCGGACUACAUUUUAUAUGUGAAUGACAUCCUUGGGGGUGGCUCGGCCGGUGAUUCAAAUGAAGAUGCAGCAGAUACGCAAGGGCGCAAGGGUACUGAUGGGCAUAAGUAUCUGAUUUUGGAUGUUUUAGGUCAAGGUACAUUUGGUCAGGUGGUCAAGUGUCAAGAUAUGAAAAAUCAUGAAGUGGUUGCUGUGAAAGUGGUGAAGAAUAAGCAAGCUUAUUUCAGUCAGAGUAUGAUGGAGGUCACAAUCUUAGAAUUGCUUAAUAACACAUGGGAUCCGGACAACAAACACCACAUCCUACGUAUGAAAGAUACAUUCAUCCAUCAUAAUCAUCUUUGCUUGGUUUUCGAACUACUCUCCUCUAACUUGUACGAGUUAAUCAAGCAGAACUCUUUCAGAGGCUUGAGUACGAGCUUGGUGCGAGUGUUCACCAAUCAGCUAUUGGAUGCAUUAACGGUCUUGAAUGAAGCCCGAUUAAUACAUUGUGAUUUGAAACCUGAAAAUAUCCUUCUGAACUCCCUCUCGUCUCCUGAAAUCAAAGUUAUCGAUUUCGGGUCAGCUUGUCAUGAGCGACAAACAGUAUAUACAUAUAUUCAAUCCAGGUUCUACCGCUCUCCGGAAGUCAUUUUAGGACUACCCUAUUCUUCCGCGAUCGACAUGUGGUCCUUGGGAUGUAUCUGCGUGGAACUAUUCUUGGGAUUGCCAUUAUUUCCUGGUACAUCAGAAUUUAACCAAAUCACACGUAUUGUUGAGAUGCUAGGUAUGCCACCUACAUAUAUGCUGGAAGUCGGGAAACAGACAUUGCAGUUUUUUGAUGUACUCGAAGACGAUUUUAACGGUGGGAAAGUAUAUAAAUUGAAAAGCUUGGAGCAGUACUCGAAAGAGCAUAAUGUCAAUGAACAACCGAGCAAACGGUAUUUUCAGCAAGAUAAGCUAGAGGAUAUCAUUAGUCAGUAUCCUGUCAUGCGCAAGGGAAUGAAAUCUGCUGAUCUAGAAAAGGAAAAACAUAACCGAAUUGCAUUUAUCGACUUUGUGAAAGGUUUACUACAUCUCAAUCCUCAUCAACGGUGGACACCGCAGCAAGCCAGGUUACACCCGUUCAUUCAGGGUGAACCGUUGCGAGAGCCUUAUGUGCCG